AUGGUUCCUGCCGCUGAGGACAAGGUUCCUGACGCUGAGCACACGGUUCGUGACGCUGAAGACAAGGUUCCUGACGCUCAGGACAAGGUUCCUGACGCUCAGGACAAGGUUCCUGACGCUGAGGACAAGUUUCCUGACGCUGAGGAAAAGGUUCCUGACGCUGAGGACAAGGUUCCUGACGCUGAGGACAAGGUUCCUGACGCUGAGGACAAGGUUCCUGACGCUGAGGACAAGGUUCCUGAUGCUGAGGACAAGGUUCCUGACGCUGAGCACAAGGUUCCUGACGCUGAGCGCAAGGUUCCUGACCCUGAGGACAAGGCUCCUGACGCUGAGGACAAGGUUCCUGACGUUGAGGACAAGGUUCCUUACGCUGAGAACAACGUUCCUGACGCUGAGGACAAGGUUCCUGACGCUGAGGACAAGAUUCCUGACGCUGAUGACACGGUUCGUGACGCUGAGCACACUGUUCCUGACGCUGAGGACAAGGUUCCUGACGCUGAGCACAUGGUUCCUGACGAUGAGCACAAGGUUCCUGACGCUGAGCGGAAGGUUCCUGACGCUGAGCAGAAGGUUCCUGACGCUGAGCACAAGGUUCCUGACGCUGAGGACAAGGUUCCUGACGCUGAACAGAAGGUUCCUUACGCUGAGGACAAGGUUCCUGACGCUGAGGACAAGGUUCCUGACGCUGAGGACAAGGUUCCUGACGCUGAGGACAAGGUUCCUGACGCUGAGCACACGGUUCCUGACGAUGAGGACAAGGUUCCUGACGCUGAGGACAAGGUUCCUGACGCUGAGGACAAGGUUCCUGACGCUGAGCAGAAGGUUUCUGACGCUGAGGACAAG